AUGAAAGCCAUUGGCUUGGCCCUGAUUGGGUUUUUUGUUGGUACAACAUCAGCGAGAUUCAUAUCGGACAAUAUUUGCCUAGCAAUGCCAAAUGGACAAAAGUUACCUAUCACUGAAGACUGUGCUUCGUACAUCGUAUGCGAAUACAAUGUGCAGAAAAUUCAACAUUGCUCCUUCGGCACGCUGUUUGAUCCGUAUUCAAUGGUGUGCAAUUGGGCCUCAUUCGUUAAAUGUGGUCAAACACCUUCAUUACCGCCAUUUGAUAUACCAUCAUCCUCCACCUCACUUUCCAUUCCGACUGCUCCAACACCUACCCGUACGACAUCCUUUAGACCACCUCCUAGUUUCCCCAGCAUUUCUACCUCGCCUGUCAUACCGACGGCUCCCACACCUUCCCGUACGACAUCUUUGGAACCUCCUACAGGAUUUCCCAGUGUGCCUACCGCCCCUACUCCACCACCGACUAAAAGCACCACGACCACCAAAAAACCAUAUCAACCACCCUACAUUCCCACUGCUCCUACAGCUCCUCCUACAACACGGUCUCCAGCGGUGGUAACUGCCAUCCCUACUAUUCGGCCAACAUCUGCACCACGUCCUGUUAGUACGUCACCACCCUUCUACCCACCGAAAAAUCCAUACCCACUUUGCACACCAGAAGAGUUUAGCUUCAUCGCUCAUCCAUCCGCUUGUGAAAGCUACUAUAUUUGUGCCUACGGUAAACUUAUCCUGCAUAGCUGUGGUCAUGGUGUUUACUGGAAUACAGCUACAAAUCAAUGCGACUUUCCGGAAAACACCGACUGCACUAAUCUACCUAAUCCAGCCGCUCCAGAAACAUCGACUCCAUCCGCAGAAACAACGACAAUAUCAAGUACUCCCGAUUGUUAUGGAAGUGAAAUUUUUUACCCCAAUUAUAACGACUGUAGCCAGUACUAUAUAUGUAUUGGACUGCAACCAAUCCUGAUGAGUUGCCCGACCAAUUACCUAUGGAACAGUAAUACGACCCAGUCUCUGGUGACGACUAUCCUUGGAAGCCUAUUACUAGUGGGCUCCAUCCAGGCUUACAAUGAAAUCUGUAUUGGUGUACCUAACCUUACUUACGUGAGAAGCCCUCAAGCAUGCUACCUUUACUACGCCUGUAUAGAUGGUCAGGCAUAUGGAUACACAUGUCCUGAAGAUCUUUGGUUCUCUAUGGAGUUGCAACGUUGCGUGCCUCAGGAUGAAGCCGACUGUGACAUUGAACCUGCACCGGAACUCCCGGAAGCACCGCCAAGACCACCGUCACCAGAAUGCGAAAAUGUGCCGGAUUUUACCUAUCUCCCGAGCACUCUGUCUUGUCAAUUGUAUUACCAAUGCAUCGACAAUUUCGCCUAUCGGUUAUCGUGUCCGCGCGGAUACUGGUUCAGUAUUGAGCUCGGCCGUUGCGGUAAUCGGUUUGAGGUUGAAUGUGACAUAGAAGAACCUACACAAACACCUACGGCUCCUCCCGGUCCCUCAGAACCAAAUCUUUGUUUUGGUCGUCCCAACUUUUCUUAUGUACAAAGCCCACAAUUUUGUCAGUUAUUCUACUAUUGCCUUAAUGGUACACCCUUUCCCAUGAUCUGCCGCAACGGAUUCUUCUUCGAUGAAAAUACGCAGGACUGUAUUCCGGAGGAAGAGACACAGUGUAAUAAUCCUGGUUUACCGGGUUCAACUCCAGGGCCAACACCAGGAAUUUGCAACAAUGUAAGUGAUGGUGAGAUGGUUAUCAAUCCACAGUUCUGCAAUCAGUACUAUGUCUGUGUGGAAGGCACUGCGUAUCCAACACUUUGCCCCGAUGGCACAUGGUUCGACGAGGAGCAACAAUCUUGUGGUAACCCUAUUGAUGUUUUCUGUCCGAAUGGUCCACCGACCACACCGACUCCGAACGUGUGCAUCGACAUUGAGGAUGGUGAGUACGUUCCCAGUCCACAACGUUGUGAAGCAUAUUAUGUUUGCUCGGGUGGUAUCGGAUAUAUUCUAUACUGCGCACCUGGACUAUGGUUCGAUCAAACCACUCGCGAGUGCAUCUCACCUUCUGAUGCUAUUUGCAAUGUACCGACACCUCCGACUCCACCGCCAACACCAACUAUACCACCAACUGUUCCACCUACUGGACCACCGGAAACGGGUAAUCAGCAGUGUAAUGGACUCCCCAAUGGAACCUACGUACCCAGCCUAGACGACUGCAGUCGUUUCUACAUCUGCUUCAAUGAGGGUGCAUAUCCGAGCAAUUGCCUUGGUGGCUUGUUAUUCAACCCGGAAACGAUGCUUUGCGACUUGCCGGAAAAUGUGCUGUUGUAUUUGAAGUUUACUACGAUGUGGUCGAUAUUUCAAGUAGCAUUUCAAUUUUUCUUAGUAUCACAGUACUCCGCUUUGGCUGAGGAUGACCGUUGUCAGGAAGUUCCAAACCUGAGCUACAUUCCUAGUCCAAACGCUUGCUAUUUAUACUACAACUGUAUCGAUGGAAACGCCUAUCCACAAAUUUGCCCGGAGGAUGAAUGGUUUUCAAUGCAGCAGCAGCAGUGCGUGCCGAAAGCUCAAUCGGAAUGCGACCUAGCCGAACCUCCCACGCUGCCAGAAGCACCAGCACCAGAACCAUCUUCUAUGUGUGACGAUAUACCAAACUUUCGUUACGUGGCCAGCGUUGAGUCUUGCCAGUGGUAUUACCAGUGUAUUGACCGGAUAGCAUAUCUUCUUUCCUGUCCGUUAUUUUUCUGGUUUGACGAAACAAUGCAGCGAUGUGGAACGCGAUAUGAUGUGGAUUGUGAUCAGGAGCAAACAACCACCUAUCCGAUCUCAACGCCUCCAACUGUGGAUCCUCUCGACAUAUGUUAUGGUCAACCAGACACCGCUUUAAUUCCGAGCAACACGCUGUGCGAACGAUAUUACUCCUGCUAUCAGGGGGUAGCUUACCCUAACAAUUGUCCAAAUGGACUGUGGUUUAAUCCAGAAACAGGCAAAUGUGACGAACCGGAAAAUGUGGAAUGUGCAGCUAAUACAAUAUCACCUACAUAA